UUGUGUCAGACUAACGUCACAUGUAUGUCACAUUUACGCGACGAAACAGGGAACUUUGCAGUCGAGUGUUUUUCUUUUCAAGCAUGGCGGGGGUAGAUGGAGAAAAGAAAUCGGUAUUGGAGAUGGUGCAGGCUGAUGGAACAGACGAAGGCUGUGUGACGUUUGUUCUUCAUGAGGAGGAUCACACUCUGGGGAACUCUCUACGUUACAUGGUUAUGAAGAGCCUGGAUGUAGACUUCUGUGGUUACAGCAUCACUCACCCCUCUGAGAGCAAAAUCAACUUCCGCAUCCAGACCCGAGGUGGGGUUCCAGCUGUGGAACCUUUGAGAAGAGGACUGAAUGAGCUCAGUGAUGUCUGUCAACACGUCCUCAACACCUUCCAGAGGAGUGUGAGUGAAUUCAGGUCACAGCAGGAGGACGUCAUGGAUUGAGGAGCCCACUGCUGACCCAGCGGGAGCGUUGAGAGAUAUGAAACAUACAACUCUGUAUUUCUAUCCUAAUGCUGUACAUUGUUCAUAGUUAAGAUAAAUGAUUUAUUUUCCCAAUGAACCAAUAUGUUGUAUUAACAUUGGUGGAGUAUCCUGUCGGCAUGACAUUCUGUUUGUCUAAACUUUAGUAAAGUGUUUUAUCAGAGAGUUGA